AAAUUCAGAAAUUCAGAAAUUCAGAAAUUCAGAAUCGCAGAAAAGCUCCGAUCCAUCGAAGAAUCAGUUUCGAAAAUUCCGAAAUUUGAAGAAAAACCAAAAUCGGCAAAGGAAUUUGUGUUGAAGCAUGUGUUCAACAAAGUCGUCGAAUUUGAAGAGGACGAUGUUCACUUCAAUGACACUGUCUCUGGAAUUCUCCAUUUGUCUGAUAUGUACGACGCUCCGACAGCAAUUCGAAGAUGUGAGGAGUUAUUAUUGAAGAAUUCGCAUUUGAAGAACAAGUGCCUCUCUGAAAUCACCACAAUUUCCGAUAUCCAAUUGAUCGUGUCAUUGAAUUUCAAAGAAAUGGAUUUAUCUACUUCGCAGUCUCUUCUUCAAAAGUCUUUGGAAUUUUCUAAUAAAUAA